AUGCGAAAGGGAGCGAUGGCCGUUCGGCUGCCGGUGCGCGUGGCGCAGGCGGUGAGCAGCGCGGCGCCUGUGGCGUGUGGGCGUGCUCAGUGCGUGAUGCAGUGCCAGGCGGUGUCGCUUGCGCGCCGCCCGCCGUUCUCGAUGCCGAUGCAGCCCCGGGCCGUGCCGCCGCCGACGAGCGAGCGCAGCCUGCACUUGCAGCAGCUCUACGCGCAGCACCGUCCGCUCUUGGAGCACGAGACACUGCCUGUGCGCCCGUCGCGCCUGAUCCAGCCGGACAUGCUCUUGUCCGAGUUUGAAGAGGCGCCGGAAGGGCACUGGCGGCGCCGGACGCGCGGCGUGGACAGCGCCACGUUUGGCGAGAUGCUCGACCGCCUGAGCCAGCUGGACGUGGCGCCGCGUACGAAGCGCAUGCGCAGGGGCAUGCGCCGCGCGACGCCGCCCGCAUCGCCGGUCGUCCACGCCGAGUCGAAGCGCAUCGAGCGACGAGAGCGCGACGAAGACGCGCGCGAAGAGGCGAUUGCCAACGCGCUCGAGCGCGGCGAGGACGUCGCGCGUGCCGAGCGCCUCGGCCACGAAGCCGAGCUCGUGGUGCUCGGCGAGCCCAGCGGCUCGCAAAAAGAGUGGGGCCGCGGCGUGGCGACGCACCUCGGCGCGCAUACCGAGCCCUACGUGCCUCCGUCGGCCGCGCGCACGCCCAAGGCGUUUGCCAUGGAGCCCGCGCUGAACGAGGAGCACGCGGACCAAGAUGCGCACCUCUGGCUGUCCCACGGCCUCGUCCAGACGCAGGUCCAGGCGCAGCGCGAGUGGAACGCCGUGCUGGAGCAGAUGCAAGGCGACGCGCCCAAGCCUGCUGCGCCUGUGCACCUCGACAGUGUGCGCAGGAAGCGCAGGAAAAAGAUGAACAAGCACAAGUACAAGAAGCUGCGCAAGGCGCAGCGCGCGGAGCGCCAGCGCCUCAAGAAGUAG